AGUGAACUUUGACGAAUGACCGGCCAUAACGUUACAUCCCGUGGUAACUCUCAGUCGAGAGCCGGAGUUGGACCUGAUAGAAGCGAGCGAGGACGACCGAGACAUAUUUGUCCAGAGAUUCUUCUCCGAGAACGCAACACUUCCACCGAGAUGCUUAGGGGAAUCAUUCUCGUUUUCGUAGCUCUGCUCGUAGUUGCCAGUGCGACCGAAGUCAACAAAUGCGGCACUGGAGAAAAGUUCGAGGAUUCCAAUCAGGUUAAGAUAACCGGUUGCGACGUGCCACCGUGCAAACUGAAGCGCAGGACGAAGGCAGCGGUCGAACAAAAGUUUGUACCCAGCGAGGAUGUCGAGAAUGUAGUAAACUCAGUGAGCGCCGCCGUUGUCGGAGUACCGUUGCCGUUCAUCGGCGUGGACGGGACGAGUGCAUGCGACAACAUUUUCAAAGUAGAUGGAACUCCAGCCGGAUGCUCGCUGAAGAAAGGCGUUGAAUAUAUUUACAAGCGAGAGUUUCCCGUGUUGCAAAUUUAUCCAACGAUUUCUAUGGUUAUACACUACGCGUUAAUGGAUGGAAAUCGCACGGUCGCGUGCUUCGAAGUUCCAGCGAAGAUCACCAAUUACUGAGAAGAGCUAGUCGUUUUUUCUGCGAGGUCGUGUCGAAGUUGCAGAGGUCACGGAGAUGCGCCUUUGUAUCGAAAAUCUAUGUACAAUAAGAUAGACAAGGUGGAAGAGAGAGAAAAAGAGAGAGAGAGAGAGAGAGAGAGAAAAAGAGAGAGUGUGUGUUUGCACGAGAAAACGAUCUCCAUGUAUAGAACGAUUCUCAUGUAGUUAUGUUUAUGGACGAGCUUCAUCAGUAUAUACUGUUUGCGAGUAAUUGUAAUUAUUAAUAAAAACAUUUAUAUAGUUCCGCCGCGA